GGCGGGGACGCAGGUGGACUUGUAAAACCGUGUUCCGCGAUCCCGCUCACCACGCCCGUCUCCGAACGGGGUGGAGGGUCGUGUCCCUCUCCUUGGUCCCAGCCUCCGCCGCAGAAAGCGCCGUCUCCCUGCAGAGACAGCCGCGGAUCCUUGGUUUCUGGAUUGGGAUGAGAUACCUCUGGGUCCGAGAGGCGGCAGCCUGCGUGCCCCAUCCUCGUCCCUGGUUUUCACCCCCAAGGGGUCAGGGACCGAUGACGCUAGUCUAAUUUCUGUGCUGCCUGGCUUACCCAAUUUCCUUUCCUUCUGGUGAGGGCUUUUUUUCCUGGUGAUCUCCAGAUGUAAAAUGAGAAAGACCCCAGAGGCUACCAAGAUCCACGUUUUGUUUUGUUGUUUAGCGGACAAGUUUGUUAAGCCUCGUGUUUACAGAUCAUCCGCUCACCCUCAAAUCCACCACCGUGAAUGGCGGUGAUUAAAGAAUGUUUGACGCCUAGUGAAUAAAGUGAUUCGAGUGCAACAGGAGAAGGUUACAUACACUUCACGCUCUUCCUUUCAGUUUCUGAAGUUUCUGAAGGGUUUUUUAAAGGAGUGAUUUCUGAUAGAACAACAGGUGAAUUUUUCAAUUGUGGGAGGAAAAUGUGCUUGACCCGGAGGGCUGAGUAGUGAAGAGAGUUUGUGGUGGUGCAGUGGAGAAUGCGUUGGGUCACUUGAAGACUGGUCACCACCAGCCUCUCUCUGUCACUGAUUUGCAGGAUGCUCUUAGACAAACACAAAGUCUGGAAUUGAUCCUAAGUAAAAUAAACUGUCUCCAAGGGCCCACCCAACUAGGACAUUCAUUGAUAAAGGGAAAUUAACUGAAAAAUCCAGCUUGACCAAACCUAAUGCCCUAUCUCCAUUUCCUGAAGCACCGCCACUAUGCACAAAGUCACUGUUACUAAUGAGAGACACUGUUAAGUGGCAGAGGCCCAAAGAAAACACUUAUACAGGCCUGUGCUAAACAGAUCAUUUGCAAUCAAUAAAAAGUUAUGGAGAAUGCAUGGUAAGCAAAUUAAUGAAACCUUAAUAUUUUUGGAGAAAUAGGUUGGUUACACUCUGUGGUGGCAGACAUAAAUAACUUACCAUGGGCACAUAAUUUAUUUUCCUAUUUUAAACCUGUGCUGCUGUUAACAUUUCUCCUAUUCUUACUCAGGUAUUUUGUAAAUAACCUGACAAUAUAAUAGAAUCUCUUAAUUUCUAAAUGACAAGCCCUUCCAAGUAUUGAAAUGCCAUGCCUAUAAUGAAUUUGUUGAACAUUCUACAAAUGGGCAAAAAAUGUUGACAUUAUAUUCAUUUAAACAAGUAUUUUGAAAAAUAUCUCCUGGUUGCAAGUAACUAUGUUAAGGGCAACUUCAAGAAAUGCAGAAUAAAGCCCAGUCUUUCUACUGCUUCUUGCCUAGAAUAUGAGCAGGAAAACACUCCAGGAAGGCCUGACCAGGUCCUGAUCUCAGCCCUGUAUCUUUUGAGUUUCCCUUGCUUAUAGUCUUCAUUUUGAUUCACUGGGAGGGAAGGCCUCUAGGAAUGUGUUAUUCCACAUACCCCACUUUUAAAUCUUUGAUCCUAUCUCAAAAACCAAGAUUUCUUCCCCUUGAUCUUAAAAUACCUGAAAUAAGAUUUUUCAGAUGAUAGAUCACUAAAACUGAAAGAAAGUGAACAAAGAAAAUAUAAUAGUCGGAAGAUGAAGAGCAGCAACAAGAAUGAUGACAGAAAAUAUAAAUGCUACAAGAUGACUAUCAGGAAAGCUUGAAUGGGUUUUGAUACUUUUUUAAAAAUAAAUAUUUUCAUUUUUCUCCUCGGUGCUCCAGUGGUGGUCUUGAACACCAGACUUCGGCGAUCACUUUGUAAGGCUGACUAGAUGGCAGUGUAGCAGCAUAGUUAGGAGCCUGAGCUUCAGACUUGGGUUUGAGUACUGGAUCCACUACACUAUGUUGUUAGACACAUUAUUUAAUCUUUCUUAGCUUUUAAAAUAGGAAUAAUAACUGUGUGCUUCAAUAGGUUUCCGUGAGAAUUAAAUGAACUAUGUAUGCAAGGUACCAAAACUGCCUGGCACACAGCUGACAUGAAUGAGAGUUAUUCAGCAUUGACAUGUCACACCAUUGGAUGUCACACCAUUGGAUUUCAUGGAUGAGGUGUAAGCCCCAUAGCAAUACAAUAUUACCUUUUAAUACUGCUAUUAAAUUUUUCAACCCCCGAAGGAUACCAAAAACGGAGCUCAUAAAACAUAUAGGACAAAAAGGGAAGUCCUGCAGACAGACCCUGUUUGGAUUAAGUGAGCCAGUUCUUUGAACCUGAACAAUGACUGCUGAAUCCAGGAAAGUUGCAGAUUUGUCUCCUCAGGCUACCCAAGACGUGAAAGGCAUAGUGAUAGUAAAAGUGGAGGAGGAAGGGGAAGACGAUGAAGAAGACCAUUUUCCAACAGAAAGAAGUAACAUAGAGUUAUCACCCCAAUUUCUUAGUCGUUCCACAACUAUGAAUGAGAGAGCCUUGUUAUCAUCAUAUUUAGUGGCGUAUCGAGUAGUAAAAGAGAAAAUGGCUCAAGCUGCUGAAAAAAUUAUUCUCCCAGCAUGUAUGGAUAUGGUACGUACCAUCUUUGACGAUAAAUCAGCUGACAAAUUAAGAACUAUACCUCUUAGCGAUAAUACAAUAUCUCAUCGAAUCUGUACUAUUGCAAAACAUUUAGAAACAAUGCUUAUGACACGGCUACAGUCUGGUAUCGAUUUUGCAAUCCAACUUGAUGAAAGCACUGAUACUGCAAGUGGUCCCACACUCUUGGUAUAUGUCAGAUAUGUGUGGCAAGAUGAUUUUAUAGAAGAUCUGUUGUGCUGUUUAAAUUUAAGUUCACAGGUAACCGGAUUAGAUGUAUUCACUAAAUUAGAAAAGUGCGUUGUUGGUCAAUAUAAAUUAAACUGGAGAAACUGUAAAGGAAUCUCAAGUGAUGGAGCAGCAAAUAUGACUGGGAAACAUAGCAGACUUCUUGAAAAAUUGUUAGAAGCCACCCACAACAACGCUCUUUGGAAUCAUUGUUUUAUUCACCGAGAAGCUCUGAUAUCCAAAGAAAUUCCGCCAAGCCUAAUGGACGUAUUGAAAAAUGCAGUGAAAAUUGUUAAUUUUAGUAAAGGAAGCUCAUUGAACAGCCGACUUCUUGAAAUACUUUGUUCAGAGAUUGGCGAGACCCACACCCACUUACUGCUUCAUACAGAAGUUCGUUGGUUGUCUCAAGGAAAAGUAUUGAGCAGAAUAUAUGAACUCAAGCAUGAGAUCUACAUUUUUCUCAUUGAAAAGCAAUCUAAUUUGGCAAAUAUUUUUGAAGAUGAUGUUUGGGUAACAAAAUUGGCAUAUUUAAGUGAUAUUUUUGGCAUUUUAAAUAAAUUAAGUUUGAAACUACAAGGGAAAAACAAUGAUAUAUUUCAGUAUCUUGAACACAUUCGAGGAUUCCAAAAGAUGUUAUUGUUGUGGCAAACUAGACUUAAAAGUAAUCAUCCUAGCUACUAUAUGUUCCCUACAUUGCUGCAACACAUUGAAGAGAACAUUAUUAAUGAAGAAUGCUUAAAGGAAAUAAAAUCAGAGAUAUUAAUACAUCUCACUUCUUUGUCUCAAACCUUUCAUCAUUACUUUCCAGAUGAGAAAUUUGUAUCAUUAAAGGACAAUAUCUGGAUAAAAGAUCCAUUUGAUUUUCAAACCCCAGAAUCGAUCAUUGACUUAAACUUGGUGCCUGAAGAAGAGAAUGAAUUAUUGCAGCUCAGUUCGUCAUUCACACUGAGGAAUUAUUAUAAGACAUUAAGUUUAUCAGCAUUCUGGAUUAAGAUUAAAGAGGAAUUUCCAUUGCUAAGUAGAAAGAGUAUAUUGCUAUUAUCACCAUUCACAUCUACCUAUUUGUGUGAACUAGGAUUUUCGAUCUUGACACUAACAAAAAAAAGAAAUAGACUUAAUAGUGCACCUGACAUGCGUGUGGCCUUAUCUUCGUGUGUGCCUGACUGGAACGAACUGAUGAACAGGCAAGCACACCCAUCACAUUAA